AUGAGCGCACGGUACAGCACAAUUAGCGGUCUGCUAGGAUUCGUCGAUCACAGUGGCAGCACUGCAGCAUCCCAGCUGGAAAUCGAAGUACUACCGGACCCGCCCGAACCGUCACCACCUAUGAGAAGAACACGGAAACGAGAUAGCCUUCGAAAGAUCAGUGUACGCCACCUGGUGAGUAAAAUAGAAAAUCGUGCCGCCGAAACGUUGGAGCGCAAUUUUGGAGGACGAUUUUCGGGCCGACUUCGCAAAGAGAAGCAUCAGCGGGAUGAAUCUUCUGCUGGCGCGUGUAGUUCGGCCGAAGCACCCACCACCUCGACCGCACGCUCCUGGUACAUGGUGCACUUAUCGCCGGAUAAACGAUCUAACCUUUCGCCGAACGAUGCGACUUCUGCCGUCUCGCUUAGCUCCAGCUUGGCUACGGACGAGGAGGACCACAACAGCGGUGGUGGCGGUGACAACGACGACAUCCAGCAAGGCGUUAUCGGGCGCGAUAAGAUAAGCGCAGAUAGGGCCGACUUUAGCCAACGAUUGCCGAACGACGAGAUAGUGGACAGGAACGAACGUAGCAUGAAAACUGUACCGGGCACACCUACCAUCGAUCGGGAAGAUUCUGGCCGAUGGAGCAUCUGUUCUGACUUUGAAAAAGAUUCUCUACCGGACGUGGAGGAUGUGUGUGACACAUGGAAUGAGUUCAUCUAUCUGCGACUAUCCGAAGAAAAUGUUAAACAUCUAAACUCCUACAGCCCGGACUUUGAAACUACUCCUUUCGACGAGUUCUACCAACCAGCAGAAGCGUCGAACACGAUCAUCUCACUACGCUUCACACCGUCCGAACUCCAUCGGAUACUGCACGGGUACGAUUUGACGGAGGUCAGCGAAGACGAAGAUGACGUCCAGUCCCACUCUUCCCACACGUCGUACGGUUCCGACGGUGUGUUUGAGGACGCUCGCUUGCAAGCGUUUACCGAACCACGCACCACCCCAUCGGAGGAUUCGCUCGACGAGGGUGUCGUGUUUCGAGACAGCCCAGUGGAAUCACCGGAACCGCAUCUUCAUCCAAGUGAUAUUGACAUCAAAAUCUCGUUCCUCAUCGAAGAACUGCUCGACACGGAGCGGAACUACAUCAACACGCUCGAGAAAGGUGUCGCCACCUACAUCGACGGUGUGUUUAACGAUCACACACCACCCGAACUGAGCGGAAAAAAGUAUCAUCUGUUCGGGAACCUGCAGUACAUCUACCGCUUUCAUCGGAACAUCUUCCUGCCGAAGCUGUUGACGGCGGGCAACGAUGUGGAGCACAUUGCCGACGCAUUCGUGCACUUUCUCGACAAUGAAAACUUCUACGGGUACGUCCUGUACUCGAUGUAUCAUCCCAAGUCGCAGCGACUGUGCGAGCAGCAUAUCGAGUUUUUUCGCGCACAUCAGCAGCUGCACGGUGAUAAGCUGGGCGUGAAGAGUUUGAUACUGCAGCCGAUACAACGGUUGCCCCGGUACCAGCUGCUGCUGACAAGCUUGUUCAAGCAGCUGGUCAAGAAGCCUGGCGCGAUCAGUCGGAACACACAGCUACACAAGGUUUGCGUGGCGGAGAAGCGGCUCCAGACGCUGAUAGGGAUCAUGAACGAGUCGGUUACGAUCAACGAUAUUCUGCAGUGCGAAAAGGCAGAAGACGACGAAGUGGAACUGGGCUUUGGAGUUCCCAAACCGGCCAUAGUGCUCAAAAAUCAAAACCACGACAACCAGGUGCUGUUCCUGUACCCUAAAGACAAUGAGCAUGUUGAUCGUAAUAAGCCCAUCAACAUUCUUCACCAAGGCAAAUUCCGCAGUGCGUUCCCCGUGUUCAUACACGAUCUGCGGCUCAAGCGGCAGUAUCAGGGCCGCCUGUUUGUUUUCGAACGUUGUGUGAUCUAUGCGGAACAGCUCGAAAUUAAAUCACUCAUGUACCGCGGCCAUUACACCCACCAAGAGAUCGAGUUUGACUUUAGCAAUCGACAGAUCUUAAAGCUUUCCUCCCGGCGGCACGAUCGGCUAGACAUUGAGGUGAAGAUAAACAUACAGAACCCUGGCAAAACGCACCUCCCGGACAUAAUGAUGGCCAUCAAGACGAUCAUCGAUCGACGAGAUCAGCGGGAAAGCUUUGCGAUCGAUUGUGGCGGUGAGACACAGCUGGCGGCAGUUCGGGACACAUUUUCCUGUCGCAAUUCUAGCUUCCGUAGCAGUAUCUCCAGUGCGACCAGUGAUUCUAGCUUCUACAGUGUGUUUAGUGGUCCGGCGAAUGGUGGAAUACCCGAAGAGGAUGAAGCGGGCUCUGCAUCUCAACGUGCUGGAAGCGUUCUAUCGGAAUGUGGUUCGAUCGAAACGAUGCUUCACUUUCAGCAAAACUUUGAACGUGCUCUGGACGAGUGUACGAAUCUUUACAUCCGCACACUGCCCGAGGACGUGGCUGGCCAGCUGGAAGAGAUGGUGGAGAUACUGGACGAGAUGUUAACGACUCAGCGUGCCAUCAAUCAGCGACUGUUCGAGCAGGAGUACGAACGGCUUAGCUGUGACAGUGAUCUGCAGUACUUUUGCAGUGUGUUUCAGGACUGUUUGCGGCGCGGUGAAUUCGAUGUGUUUCUCCGAUACGUUGAGCACAUCAAGACAGUCGAAUCGAUGCUGAUGAGUUUCGAGCAGUACCACUCCAACAGUCAAUCGAAAUCGGGCACAGCUGCCUCAGGGACGUCUCUCUCGAUCGAUGCCUUUCUCUAUCUGCCGAUCAAGUACAUCAAUCGGUGUCAUCAGUUUUUAAGCGUUGUCUGGAACCAGAAAGAAGAGGACCGCGCGGACCAUACGGGACUUAAGCAGGCUGAGCUGCGCUAUGUGCAUGAUCAGAUGGCGCUUAUCCAGCGUCGGGUGAACGAAAAUUAUCAAAUCCGCCAGCUGAUUAUGGACGUGCAGUUUCUCAACGAGAUCGGGCUGGUAAAACACUCCGAGAUCGUCAAGUUGGAAGGAUCGUAUGCACUGUUUCGUUUACUGCUCACCAAAACUGGACUACUGUGCAUGAAGAUCAAUGCUGAACAGCAUAAAGUCGAAACGUAUAGCAGUGUAACAUUCUACUGCCCUUACACAAAACUGUCGGCCCGGACUAGCAAGCGAACCGGCACUGUCUGGUACGUCUAUCUGGACAGUCGAAAGACGACACUAAUCUUUCCGUCCCGUAAUCUGCGUUACCUUACGGUCGAACAGUACAACACGCUAUCCGCUCAGAUGAAGCAGAAGGAGCGCGAAAAGCGAAGAUCAUUUUUCUACGUUACCUGA